CGACCGCGGCCGCGUUGCCCGGGAGCCGGGGGCGGGGCGGCCGGCGCGGCAAUCAUGGCGGCAGCGGCCUGGAGCUCCGACACCGGCGAGGCCGUUUACCGCUCCCGGGACCCUGUGCGCAACCUGCGCCUCCGCGUCCACCUGCAGAGAGUGACCGCCAGCGCCUUCCUUCGAGACCCGCCCGCUGCCCAGGCCGGGAAGGACCUCCUGGGCUUGGCCGCCUUGUGGCCCCAAGCAACAGCCAGUGGCCACCGGCCUGAUGAAGAUGAAAAGGAGGAGGUCGAGAUUGGGUGGCAGGAGAAGCUCUUCAGCCAGUUCGAAGUGGAUCUGUACCAAAAUGAAGGUGCCUGCCAGAGCCCCUUGGAUCAUCAGUACCGGCAGGAGAUCCUGAAGCUGGAGGGCUCGGGGGGCAGGAAGAACAGGCGCAUCUUUACCUACACGGACUCCGACAGAUACACCAGCCUGGAGGAGCACUGUCAGAAAAUGACCACCGCAGAGCACGAGGUGCCAUCGUUCUUGGUGGAGCGAAUGGCCAAUGUCAGGCGGCGCCGGCAGGACAGGCGAGGGAUGGAGGGCGGCCUCCUCAAGUCCCGCAUCAUCACCUGGGAGCCUUCAGAAGACUUUGUCAGGAGCAGCCAUGUGCUCAACACGCCCAUGCAGACGAUGUACAUCAUGGCCGACCUGGGGCCCUCUGGAAAGCUGGGCUACAGGAAGUACGAACACGUCCUGUGUACCCUGAAGGUGGACAGCAACGGCGUCAUCACGGUCAAACCCGACUUCUCCGGCCUCAAGGGCCCCUACAGAAUCGAGACUGAGGGGGAGAAGCAGGAGCUGUGGAAGUACACGGUCGACAACGUGUCUGCGCUGGCGCAGCAGGAAGAGGAGGAGCGGGAACAGCGCGUGUUCAAGGAUCUUUAUGGCCGGCACAAGGAGUAUCUCAACAGCCUGGUGGGCACUGACUUUGAGAUGCCCAUCCCUGGUGCGCUACGGCUCUUUGUGAAUGGAGAGGUGGUCUCAGCCCAAGGCUACGAGUAUGACAAUCUCUAUGUUCACUUCUUCGUGGAGCUGCCAGCCUCCAACUGGUCAAGCCCCGAUGUCCAUCAGCUCUCAGGAAUGACACAGACCUGCGUCACCAAGUCUGUGGGAAUGGACAAGGUGGCACACUUCUCCUGCCCUUUCUCAUGGGAGGCCUUCUUCCUGCAGCAGGACGGAGCUGAAGAUGCUGCCCUGGAGUGGCCGGUGCUCUACUGUGAGGUGCUGUCCCUGGACUCCUGGCAGCGGUACCGUGUGGAGGGCUACGGUGCUGUGGUUUUGCCCACCACCCCAGGUUCCCACACGCUGACGGUCCCCACAUGGAGGCCACUGGAGCCCGGCACGGUGGCCGAGCUGAGGCGGUUUUUCAUUGGUGGGUCUCUAGAACUGGAGGACAUCUCCUAUGUGCGGAUCCCCGGAACCUUCAAGGGGCAGCGGCUGAGCCGAUUCGGGCUGCGCACGGAGACCACGGGCACCGUCACCUUCCGUCUGCACUGUCUGCAGCAGUCCAGGGCCUUCCUGGAAUCGCGUUCCCUCCGCAGGAGGAUGCAGAGCGUGCUGGACCGGCUGGAGGGCUUCAACCAGCAGAGCUCGGUUCACGCGGUGCUUGAGGCCUUCCAGAGAGCCCGGCGCCGCAUGCAGGAGGCCCGAGAGAGCCUCCCCGCGGACUUAGUGAGCCCCUCGGGAACCCUGGUCUCCUAGCCCAAGGUCUGCCGAUUUGGAC